CCCUGUCGCCGGGCGCUGGCGGCCCCACGGCCACAGCCUCCUAGCCGCCGCCGCCUCCAGAUCGCCGCCGCCGCCGCCGCCACCACCGCCCAGCCGCGCGCAUCCCGAGCCGCCCUGGGAAGCAGGAGCCACCAUGCACGUGAAGAAGUACUUGCUAAAGUGCCUGCACCGGCUGCAGAAGGGCCCGGGUUACACCUACAAGGAGCUGCUGGUGUGGUACUGUGACAACACCAACACCCACGGCCCCAAGCGCAUCAUCCGCGAGGGGCCCAAGAAGAAGGCCAUGUGGUUCGUGCUCACGCUGCUCUUCACCUCCCUCGUCUGCUGGCAGUGGGGCGUCUUCAUCAGGACCUACCUGAGCUGGGAGGUCAGCGUCUCCCUCUCCAUGGGCUUCAAGACCAUGGACUUCCCUGCCGUCACCAUCUGCAAUGCCAGCCCCUUCCAGUAUUCCAAAGUCCAGCAUCUGCUGAAGGACCUGGAUGAGCUGAUGGAGGCAGUACUGCAGAGGAUUCUGGCUCCCGAGCUCAGCCAUGUCAAUGCCACCGAGAUCCUGAACUUCACCAUCUGGAACCAUACGCCCUUGGUCUUCAUUAAUGAGCAGAAUCCCCAACACCCGGUGGUUCUUAACCUCUUUGAAGACAACUACAAUGGCUCAGCAAGCAGCGGCCCGGCACCCGAAAGGACCUGCAGGGCCCCGGGAUGCAAAAUAGCCAUGAAACUAUGCAGCCACAACGGGACCACAUGCACCUUCCGGAGCUUCAGCAGCGCCACCCGGGCCGUGACGGAGUGGUACACCCUGCAGGCCACCAACAUCUUCUCGCAGGUUCCAAACAAGGAGCUGGUGGCCAUGGGCUACCCCGCUGAGCGAAUGAUCCUGGCUUGUCUGUUCGGGGCGGAGCCCUGCAACUACAGGAACUUCACCCCCAUCUUCCACCCGGAUUAUGGCAACUGUUACAUCUUCAACUGGGGCAUGAAGGAGAAGGCCCUCCCUUCAGCCAACCCUGGAGCUGAGUUUGGCCUGAAGUUGAUCCUGGACAUGGGCCAGAAAGACUACGUGCCCUUCCUCACGUCCACGGGCGGCGUCCGGCUGAUGCUGCAUGAGCAGAGGUCCUUCCCCUUCAUCAAAGACGAGGGCAUCUACGCCAUGUCGGGGACGGAGACGUCCAUCGGGGUGCUGGUGGACAAGCUGGAGCGGAAGGGCGAGCCCUACAGCCAGUGCACCAUGAAUGGCUCCGACGUCCCCAUUCAAAACCUCUACAGCAACUACGGCGACUACAACACCACCUACUCCAUCCAGGCCUGUAUUCGAUCCUGCUUCCAAGAGCACAUGAUCCGGCACUGCAGCUGCGGCCACUACCUGUACCCGCUGCCCCCCGGGGAGAAAUACUGCAACAGCCAGGAGUUCCCGGACUGGGCCUAUUGCUACUCAGACCUGCGCAUGAGCCUGGCACAGAGGGAGACCUGCAUUGACGUCUGCAAGGAGUCCUGCAAUGACACCCAGUACAAGAUGACCAUCUCCAUGGCCGACUGGCCUUCUGAGUCCUCCGAGGACUGGAUUUUCCAUGUCUUGUCUGAGGAGCGGGACCAAAGCACCAACAUCACCUUGAGCAGGCAGGGAAUUGUCAAGCUCAACAUCUACUUCCAAGAAUUCAACUACCGCACCAUUGAGGAGUCAGCAGCCAAUAACAUCGUCUGGCUGCUGUCAAACCUGGGCGGCCAGUUUGGCUUCUGGAUGGGGGGCUCGGUGCUGUGCCUCAUUGAGUUCGCGGAGAUCAUCAUUGACUUCGUGUGGAUCACAAUUAUCAAGCUGGUGGCCCUCGCCAAGAGCCUGCGGCAGAGGCGGGCCCAGGCUCGCUACGUCGGCCCGCCGCCCACCGUGGCCGAGCUGGUGGAGGCCCACACCAACUUCAGCUUCCAGCCCGACACGCCCGCGCCCGGCCCCGACCCUGGGCCCUACGUCCAAGAGCAGGCGCCGCCCAUCCCCGGCACCCCACCCCCCAACUACGACUCCCUGCGCCUGCAGCCCCUGGACGUCAUUGAGUCUGAUGGCGAGGGCGAUGCCGUCUAGACCCUGCGCUGCCCAUCCCGGGCAGCCCAAGACUUCCGACCCGAGCAGCUGAGAUCACUGGCCAAUUUUGUGAUGCCCUCCCCCGGGGGCUGGGAUGUUGGGUGCCCGAGGCCGGAGUCCCGGUCCCCCUACGGAAAGGCCAGCAGCUCCUGGCCAGUCCCAGGCCGAGGGUUCUGUGGGGUCACAGGGCUGGUCCAGAUGUGGGAAUUGUGUUCCUGUCCAUACCCACAGCCUGACCCUCCUCCUCGGCCUGGGAUGCCCCCGGCCAGGCUCCAAGACCGCUCCAGUCACCAUCUGCCCAGAUAUGAACAAGCGGUGAGGCCAUGCCUUCUGUCCCCAGAAUCAGCAUUCUUUUCCUUCCUGGCCUCUGCUGACUAGGGUUUAUUCAGGGCAGCAGUGGUGGGGAGCAGGGAGAACACCAGGCAUCGGAGGCCCUGCCAGGUGGCACACGUUUUGUUCUAGAAAAUAAAGGUAGAAAACACAGA